UAGCAAGUCAUUUCGGCCGAAGACCUGCUUGUAUUUGAAGGGUCUCCUCUCGUCGCACGACUUCCCAUCUCCCUGUUUAUCGCACAUCAUGUCCAAAAAGAUCUUCCGCGUUGUCGUUCUCCCCGGUGAUGGCAUUGGCCCCGAAGUCGUUUCGCAAGCUCUGAAAGUACUCGAGGUCGUUGCAGAGGCUGUCGCGGAUGUUGAACUCCAAUUGGAGACACAUGACUUUGGUGGAGGUGCCAUUGACAAGCAUGGCGUACCUCUCCCUGACUCUACACUCGCGGCAUGUCAGAAUGCAGACGCUAUCCUCAUGGGCGCGAUCGGUGGCCCCAAGUGGGGUGUCAACAGCAAAGUGCGACCCGAAUCAGGCCUGCUCGCCCUCCGAAAGGCCUUAGGCCUCUACGCCAACAUCCGUCCUGCAAACUUCGCUUCCGACAGCCUCGUCGAAAACUCCCCUCUUAAGCCGACCGUCGCCCAAGGCGUCGACAUCAUCGUCGUCCGUGAACUCAUAGGAGGUGUCUAUUUCGGUACUAGGAAAGAAUUGGGAACAGCUCCUGAAGAGGACACAGCAUGGGAUACCAUGAUUUACAGUGUUCCUGAAGUCCAGAGAAUUACAAGGGUUGCGGCUCAGAUUGCGUUGGCUGCGAACCCCCCUCUGGCGAUUCAUUCAAUUGACAAGGCGAACGUACUUGCAAGCUCGAGAUUAUGGAGGAAAGUCGUAACGGAGACUUUGCAAGCUGAAUACCCUCAGCUCAGCCUUGACCACCAUCUCGUUGACUCGGCGUCCAUGCUCAUCGUCUCCAACCCCAAAAAAUUGAAUGGUGUUGUGUUGACCGAGAACCUUUUUGGUGACAUUCUCUCAGACGAGUCAAGUGUCAUUCCAGGAUCUCUAGGUCUCCUCCCCUCGGCCUCUUUAGCAGGCGCACCCUCAGUGGCGGACUACAACUCUCAGUCCUUCAAACCUACACCAGGCCUCUACGAGCCCAUCCACGGUUCAGCACCCGACAUUGCCGGCAAAGGCAUCGCCAACCCGAUAGGCACAAUUCUCAGUGCAGCUAUGCUCCUGAGGUACUCUCUGGGACUCGACAAGCCUGCCACAGCGAUUGAGACUGCUGUCAGAACGGUGCUCGACGAGCCUGCGAAAGGUGGUCUGGGGCUUAGGACAGCAGAUCUUGGAGGAAAGGUGAAGACCGCGGAGAUUGGUGAGAAGAUCAUCGAGACGUUGAAGAAGUUGCUGUAAAAAAUGACGCUGGUGCAUUGAAAUCAACUUGCUUGUGCUUUAGCGUUUGCAUAUAAAUUGCCUCCAUUCUCUCAUGCUUGUGGAUACCCAUGUGAAUGAGCAUGAAAGAGGAUACCGAUUCUCACUGUAUCCAUCACACCGAUAAAGCAAGACGUCAUGUGAAAGUAUAAGAAUAUGUCCAUAGCCCUGUGAUACGCACGCAUAUCGCCUUCUCUCCAUUCUUCCUCCAAUGUUAGUACUGGGAGUGUUGGUGGUUAUAGCCACAGUAGCCACGACUGUGGUAUCGCAAUUACAUCCCAGCGAGCCGGCAAAAUAUCACCAAUUACCCACUCUUCGAGAACAAGCGGUCAUCUUAGACGGUUGGCGAGACGAAAGGGUAGCUCGCAUCCCGCAGCUGUUGAAGAAAUAUGAUAUUGAUGUCUGGCUC